ACGGAGCGGAGCGUGACGUAGAAGGAAGAAGACGCCAUUAGAGGGAGCGGGGCGAGCGGCUGGGCCAAGUGCCCCGGUUCCAUCCCAGGCUCUCCUCGCGGCGGCCCCCCUUCGGUCCCCGCAUCCCCGGGCUCUCCUCGCGGCGGCUUCCCCGCCGGGGUCGGUGUCCGGCUGCGCCGCGGAUGUGAGGCCGGGGCCCGGCGAGCGGGCGGGUUCGCUGCGGAUGGCGGCGGCGGCGGCGGGUUCCGGCGCGGGGGGAGGCGGCCGGAGCUUCUCCUUCAAGGUGGUGCUGCUCGGGGAGGGCUGCGUGGGGAAAACCUCCCUGGUGCUGCGCUACUGCGAGAAUAAGUUCAACGACAAACACAUCACCACCCUGCAGGCAUCUUUUCUAACAAAGAAGCUAAAUAUUGGAGGAAAAAGAGUAAACCUUGCAAUAUGGGAUACAGCUGGUCAAGAAAGAUUCCAUGCACUGGGUCCAAUUUACUACAGAGAUUCUAAUGGAGCUAUUUUAGUAUAUGAUAUAACAGAUGAAGACUCUUUUCAGAAGGUAAAAAACUGGGUCAAGGAAUUAAGAAAAAUGUUGGGAAACGAAAUCUGUUUAUGUAUAGUGGGUAACAAAAUAGACUUGGAAAAAGAGAGGCAUGUUUCAGUUCAAGAAGCAGAAACGUAUGCAGAAUCAGUGGGAGCAAAACACUAUCAUACUUCAGCCAAACAAAACAAAGGAAUUGAAGAACUCUUCCUUGACCUCUGUAAAAGAAUGAUAGAAACUGCUCAAGUGGAUGAAAGAGCAAGAGGCAAUGGUUCCAGCCAGUCAGGAGCUACAAGGCGGGGUGUACAGAUUAUUGAUGAUGAGCCACAAGCACAGAGCAGUGGAGGGUGCUGUUCUUCUGGAUAACUGUAUAAAACUGUGGAUUAUUGCCCCCUCAACAUGAAGACUGCCAUAUUUCAAGUCCUGCAUUCUUUACCAAUGGAAUAAUAGAAUUAACAGUAUUGAAAAAUAUCUCUUAUAACACUGCAGAGACCUCAAGUGCUAAACUAGUGGAGUCUGAGACCAGAGAAUUGGCAUUUUCUACAGUGUUUAACAAAGCAAUUACCAAUGGCCUUUUUACAUAUAUUUCUUGAAUGAGGAAUAAUAUGCAUGUAGAAAAGACCUACUUAAAGGCAUCAUUUAUAUUCUUUUAAAUCAGAUCAUUAUUUAAUAACUUAUAUACACUGUUAGAAUGGUAUACAUUUUUGCAGCUGUUUGUAUUUUGUGGUAGAUUCAACUGAUCACUUCUAAACUGUAAACUAUUUUUUUUUCUGAAUUAGAUACCGGAACUUUUUUUUUUUUUUGCAGGGCUUGCACAAGCCCAUAACUGUCAACUACUUUGAUAUACUAUAUAUCCAGUCUGUAUGCCAAGCUGGCAAAAUACAUUGUAAAUUACAUAUUAAAUAUUUUAUCUGCUUUUUCAAGUGCAGGUGCAGAA